UAGCCGGGCUCCUUCAACGCGGCUGAGAGGAGAAGGAGGAGGGUGGCGGCAGCGAGGCUCAAGGAGAGGAUCGGAUUAUGGCCAUGGCGGUGGAGCUCGUUGCCGCCUCUGUUUGGCGCGGCAGGACCCGGAACCCCCGACGCUGAGAAGGGGAAGGAGGAGAAGUCGCCACCGCCGUCGCCGAAGUCGGGCACUUCCUUUUCCUAUCAUGGCUGAGCCGCCGGGCGGCAACGGCGCCGUUUCUCCUCCGGUCGGUUUGCCCCGAGAGGUCCGUGAGCAGCUUGCGGAGCUGGAGCUGGAGCUCUCGGAAGGAGAUAUUACCCAGAAGGGAUAUGAGAAGAAAAGGGCAAAAUUGUUGGCUCCAUAUUUUCCACAGACUCAAGGGGUUGAACCAGGUUUGCAGAAAGAAUCCCGCAAUCAGACACCAGCUCCAUCUGCAACUCCAGCACCAUCUUCGUCUAAAUAUCACCGAGGACGCUCUGGAGGAGCCAGAGACGAACGCUACCGCUCCGAUAUCCAUACAGAGGCAGUGCAAGCUGCACUGGCAAAACAUAAGGAACAGAAGAUGGCCCUGCCCAUGCCAACAAAAAGGCGGUCUACAUUUGUACAGUCUCCAGCUGAUGCCUGCACACCUCCAGACACGUCUUCUGCCUCCGAAGAUGAAGGUUCGCUCAGGCGCCAGGCUGCCCUAUCUGCUGCAUUGCAUCAGAGCUUACAGAAUGCUGAGUCAUGGAUCAACCGAUCUAUUCAGGGGUCAUCCACAUCUUCAUCAGCAUCUUCUACACUAUCCCAUGGAGAAGGCAAAGGGACCAGUGGGUCACUAGCUGAUGUAUUUGCCAAUACUCGAAUAGAAAAUUUUUCAGUUCCCCCGGAUGUUACUGCAACUACCUCCACACCUGCCUCUUCUGCACGCCCAUCUGCUAUUGACCUUCCUCCAUCGGGAAUAGUGAAGGGCAUGCACAAAGCAUCCAACCGGUCCAGCCUUAUGGACACAGCUGAUGGUGUCCCUGUAAGUAGCAGAGUCUCCACAAAAAUUCAGCAGCUGCUCAAUACUCUGAAGCGACCUAAACGUCCACCUCUGAAGGAGUUCUUUGUGGAUGAUUUUGAAGAAAUUGUGGAAGUUCCACAGCCAGAUCCAAACCAGCCCAGGCCAGAGGGACGUCAGAUGACACCUGUGAAGGGAGAACCUUUGGGUGUAGUUUGCAACUGGCCUCCUGCCUUAGAGGCAGCUCUGCAACGCUGGGGAACAACGCAGGCCAAAUGCCCUUGUCUGACACCCCUGGAUGUCUCUGGGAAACCUGUCUACACUUUGACGUAUGGCAAGCUGUGGAGCAGAAGCCUUAAAUUGGCAUAUACGCUACUGAAUAAGCUGGGCACCAAAAAUGAGCCUGUACUGAAACCUGGAGACAGGGUAGCCCUUGUUUAUCCCAACAAUGACCCUGUCAUGUUCAUGGUGGCAUUCUAUGGUUGUUUGCUGGCCGAAGUCAUCCCCGUGCCGAUAGAGGUACCUCUAACCCGAAAGGAUGCUGGUGGCCAGCAGAUUGGCUUUCUGCUGGGUAGCUGUGGCAUUGCUUUGGCCCUCACCACUGAAGUUUGCCUGAAGGGGCUGCCCAAAACACAAAAUGGAGAAAUUGUGCAAUUCAAGGGUUGGCCAAGGCUCAAGUGGGUUGUUACAGAUUCCAAGUACCUUUCCAAAACACCAAAGGAUUGGCAGCCCAACAUUUCAAAUGCAGGGACCGAGCCGGCUUAUAUUGAGUAUAAGACCAGCAAGGAGGGGAGUGUGAUGGGUGUUACUGUGUCCCGAAUUGCUCUCUUGUCUCAUUGUCAAGCUCUGUCUCAGGCAUGCAACUACUCUGAAGGUGAAACCAUUGUGAAUGUCCUGGAUUUCAAGAAAGAUGCAGGCUUGUGGCACAGCAUGCUAACAAGUGUAAUGAACAAGCUUCACACCAUCAGCGUGCCCUAUGCAGUGAUGAAAACCUGCCCUCUUUCUUGGGCACAGAGGGUUCACACUCACAAAGCAAAAGUAGCUUUGGUGAAAUGUCGAGAUUUGCACUGGGCCAUGAUGGCUCACCGGGACCAAAGAGAUGUCAGCUUAAGUUCCCUACGGAUGCUGAUUGUAACUGAUGGUGCUAACCCCUGGUCUGUGUCCUCGUGUGAUGCUUUCUUGAGUCUAUUCCAGAACCAUGGGCUUAAACCAGAGGCAAUAUGUCCUUGUGCUACAUCUCCUGAAGCAAUGACUGUGGCAAUUCGGAGACCUGGUGUUCCUGGGGCACCUUUGCCUGGAAGAGCUAUCUUAUCAAUGAACGGCCUGAGCUAUGGUGUCAUUCGUGUAAAUACAGAAGAUAAAAAUUCUGCUCUCACCAUACAGGAUGUUGGUCAUGUUAUGCCAGGUGGAAUGAUGUGUAUCGUGAAGCCGGAUGGCUCCCCUCAGCUUUGCAAGACAGAUGAGAUUGGUGAAAUCUGUGUUAGCUCCAGAACAGGAGGGAUGAUGUACUAUGGUCUGACUGGAGUAACCAAGAACACAUUUGAGGUCCUCCCUGUGAAUUCAGCUGGCUCUCCUGUGGGCGAUGUGCCCUUUGUGCGCUCUGGCUUGCUGGGAUUUGUUGGGCCUGGUAGUCUGGUAUUUGUUGUUGGAAAAAUAGAUGGGAUGCUCAUUGUUAGUGGGCGCAGACAUAAUGCUGAUGACAUUGUGGCCACUGGAUUGGCAGUUGAAUCUCUAAAGACAGUUUACAGAGGAAGGAUUGCUGUGUUCUCUGUGACUGUGUUUUAUGAUGAAAGGAUUGUGGUGGUAGCUGAACAACGGCCUGAUGCUUCUGAAGAAGAUAGUUUUCAGUGGAUGAGUCGUGUGUUGCAGGCAAUUGACAGCAUUCACCAAGUUGGAGUAUAUUGCCUCGCUCUUGUUCCAGCAAAUACUUUGCCAAAAACUCCUCUGGGAGGGAUUCAUAUAUCUCAAACCAAGCAGCAUUUCCUAGAAGGGUCAUUGCAUCCAUGUAACAUUCUCAUGUGCCCACACACAUGUGUAACCAAUCUGCCAAAACCCAGGCAAAAACAACCAGGUGUUGGUCCUGCCUCUGUGAUGGUGGGAAACCUGGUUGCAGGGAAGCGUAUUGCACAGGCCUCUGGGAGGGAUCUGGGACAGAUAGAAGAGAAUGACCUGGUGAGAAAGCAUCAGUUUCUGUCUGAAGUGCUUCAGUGGAGAGCACAGGCAACUCCUGAGCACAUGCUUUUCCUCCUGCUCAAUGCCAAGGGGGCCCCUGUUUGUACAGCAACUUGUCUGCAGCUGCACAAGCGAGCAGAGCGAAUUGCAUCGAUUCUGUAUGAAAAGGGACACCUCAAUGCUGGCGAUAACGUGGUGCUGCUCUAUCCUCCUGGUAUUGAACUCAUUGCAGCAUUUUAUGGCUGCCUGUACGCGGGGUGUAUCCCAGUGACUGUCCGGCCUCCACAUGCUCAGAACCUCACUGCCACUUUGCCCACUGUGCGGAUGAUAGUAGAUGUGAGCAAAGCUGCCUGUAUUCUCACAAGUCAAAUUCUGAUGAGGCUACUGAGGUCCAGAGAGGCGGCGACUGCUGUUGAUGUAAAAACCUGGCCAACCAUCAUUGAUACAGAUGACUUGCCCAGGAAGCGGCUACCUCAGGUCUACAAACCACCAACUCCAGAAAUGUUGGCAUACCUGGAUUUUAGUGUCUCCACAACGGGGAUGCUUACAGGAGUAAAGAUGUCCCAUGCAUCAGUCAGUGCCCUCUGUAGAGCCAUAAAGCUCCAGUGUGAGCUAUACUCCUCACGGCAAAUUGCCAUUUCUCUUGAUCCCUAUUGUGGACUCGGCUUUGCACUUUGGUGUCUUUGCAGCGUGUAUUCUGGUCAUCAAUCCAUUUUAAUUCCUCCUAUGGAGCUAGAAUCCAAUCUUUUCCUGUGGCUCUCCACUGUAAGCCAGUAUAAAAUACGGGAUACUUUCUGUUCCUAUUCUGUCAUGGAUAUGUGUACCAAAGGGCUUGGGAAUCAGGUGGAAGUAUUAAAGGCAAGAGGCAUCAACUUAUCCGGGGUCCGGACUUGCGUAGUGGUGGCAGAGGAACGCCCACGCGUUGCCCUUACCCAGUCUUUCUCCAAGCUCUUCAAGGACAUUGGUCUGUCGCCCCGUGCAGUCAGCACCACCUUUGGGUCAAGAGUCAAUGUAGCUAUCUGUUUACAGGGAACCUCAGGGCCUGAUCCAACCACAGUUUAUGUGGACCUGAAAUCAUUACGACAUGACAGAGUACGGCUAGUUGAAAGAGGUGCUCCGCAGAGCCUCUUGCUCUCCGAGUCAGGCAAGAUAUUGCCUGGAGUUAAAGUGAUAAUCGUUAAUCCUGAGACCAAAGGACCUGUUGGUGAUUCUCACCUUGGAGAGAUCUGGGUGAAUAGUCCUCACACUGCUAGUGGAUACUAUACCAUCUAUGAUAAUGAAACCCUCCAAGCAGAUCAUUUUAACACCCGCCUGAGCUUUGGUGAUGCUGCUCAAACUCUUUGGGCACGAACAGGAUACCUUGGCUUUGUACGACGGACUGAACUCACAGCUGCCAGUGGAGAACGCCAUGAUGCAUUGUAUGUCGUUGGGGCACUGGACGAAACUCUGGAAUUACGUGGAUUGCGUUAUCAUCCAAUUGAUAUAGAAACUUCAAUUUCUCGGAUGCACAGGAGCAUUGCAGAAUGUGCUGUAUUCACAUGGACCAAUUUACUUGUAGUAGUUGUGGAGUUGUGUGGGUGUGAGCAGGAGGCUCUUGAUUUAGUCCCUCUAGUUACCAAUGUGGUUCUGGAAGAACAUUAUCUGAUUGUAGGAGUUGUGGUGGUGGUUGAUCCUGGGGUGAUACCAAUAAAUUCCAGAGGAGAGAAGCAGCGGAUGCAUCUCCGUGAUAGUUUCUUGGCUGACCAACUGGAUCCCAUAUACGUAGCAUACAACAUGUAAUUUUGCAAAUGUGGGUCUGAGAAUACUCUAC